GCUCAAACUUCAAUUCAGCGCCCAUGUAUAUAAGAACAAAAGAAGUUUAGUGGAUUGUCCACCACCGUCAUCGUCAGGAUCUAAAACGCUCUUUUCAACUUUCUCUUUCUCUAACAACUUCGUCUUUCUUUUCUGUCUAGUUCGCUUCAGGCGUUGCACGCGAAGUCGACCCAACCAUUCAUUUUUCUGACGAUCCUUUCAGUACAACACAAUGGCUCUGAAGUUGCUUGCACUAUCGUCUCUAGCUGUGCUAGCCAACGCGCAUAUGGCCGCGUUCCACAAAUCAAUGUAUUGCCUGAAUGGAACUGUGGCAGGCCAGGUCAAUUAUAACAACGACGACCCAGUUAGCCCUCUGUGGAUGCUGAAGAAGAGUGACUACUGGUUUCACCAUUUCAACCAGUGCGAUGAUUUCCCUCCUGCAGAAGGCGACUUUCUUGAACUACCUGCUGGUGGUUCCUUCACUGUUGAAAUAGCUGCCAAUCGCGGUGUGACUUCCCUCUCUUAUAAUGGACAAUACGCAACCGAGUGGGGUGAUGGUGGAAAUCACCCUGAGGACUACUCCAUCACAAACUUGGACGGCGCCCCUCUCUCCGAUAGUGAUUGCAUAUCUAAUCCAAACAUGCAUACACAGAACCAGUCUAUGGCUGCUGGGAGUGCGUUCGCAAUCUCUUACCAGUCUGAUAUCAGCCAGGUUACUAUGGACAACCUUGCUGUGUUCACGGUCCGCUACAACACCCCCUGGAAACGUGUGACAUCCUAUGAUGUUCCCAAGGACAUGCCUGCUUGUCCUGCAGCUGGGUGUACUUGUGCUUGGGUUUGGAUUCCGAAUGGAUGCGGCGAGCCUAACAUCUACAUGCAGGGAUUCAAGUGCAUGGUCACAGGCGCCACCUCCACUACUCCUAUUGCCACCCCCAAGGCUCCCGUCUGGUGCCAGGAGGACCAAAGCACAUGCACUGAGGGCGCCAAACAAAUCCUGAUCUGGAAUCAGGCCGAGGAAAACAACAUCGUGGUUAACGGCACGGACCUGAGCGGCAGCAAUAAGAGCCCGGCGUACAAUAGCAAUUGUGGGUUCAACGAUGGAGCACAGAACGAUAUCUUUGCUACAUCGUCUUCUGCCAUGGCCACAUCAUCUCCCACUGUGUCGGCCGCACUAGCCCCGGCUGUUUCGUCGUCCAUGCCGGCUAUUUCAUUCUCCACGCUAGCCAUUCCAUCAUCCGCGCCAGCUAUUUCAUCAUCUACGUCAGCUAUUUCAUUCUCCACGCUAGCCAUUCCAUCAUCCGCGCCAGCUUUUUCAUUCUCCACGCUAGCCAUUCCAUCAUCCGCGCCAGCUCUUUCAUUACCCGUCACCUUUAGUGGCGCACCUUCCGUAGCCUCGAUUCCAUCGUGCACGACUACUACUAACACAGUCCUCAUCACAUCUACGGUUCAGCCGCCCGCGGGUGCAAGUACCCCUAUAUCAAGUGUUGCCAGUGCCAUGUCAAGCUCAAACUCGGCCGACGACCUCGUGGCCUCUACUUCAUUGAGCGCAUCUGCCAUUCCCACAAGUGCUGGGACCUGCCGCCGUAAACGGAUGGUUCAUAAGCCACUUCAUCGUCGACUUUUCUAAGUAGUUGAUCUACAUUGCUAUCCUGUCGACCAGGACCCGUCAUCUGAUAUCUCUUACCGUUGAGCGGGCUCGACUGCCUUUUUGUUAGCUCGUCUGUAGAUUGUGAGUUUCGUAUUCGGUUUAUUUCGUUCUUGCUGUUAUCAUAUUCUGUCAUAUACCCCGCAUGUUGUCGUUGUUACCAUUUUUGUUGUUGUCAUGGUUGCGUUGGCACUCAUUGUCUGAGGUUCAUUUACCGUGCAUGCAUCUACUGCGAUACUCGUAUACCCAUAGAGAUACCAAAAAUGUUCAUGUAGGAGACAGUGAUUUGUUGUUAUCCUAUGCAAUUGUUUGUGAUCGUAUGGUUCAA